GUUGUUGCCUUUCUAGUUUUCUCAGCUAUCUUCUAAGCACUAAAAUAAGAGGGAGAAGCUGCUGAUAGAGAAGGGAGAGAGAGAAAAUGAAGGUACAAGCAUGCUUUGUCGGCCAUUAGAGCUUCAACCAAGAGCUCUCAUCCAUUCCCUUCGAUUUUCCUUAAGAUUUUUCACCAUUAUCUUCUAAAGACUCGGAUUUCAUCUUUCAUUUUCUAUCAUUCUUUGCUCAUAAAACUAUUUUUUGUGUUGUUGUAGGAUCACAUAAUAAAUAUCCCUUAUUCAUUGCAUUUUGAGUGUUUUUUGCUUCUAAAGUCACCUUCACCUUGGCAAAAGAAAAACCCACAACUUUUUUCUAUCUCUUUUUUUCUUUUUCAGCUCCAAGUUUGCCUUUUUUAAUCUAUGAUCCCUACAAAUCUUGGGAAAAGCUGAACUGGGAAUGGUUUAUUUUUUGUUUUUGUUAAUGGGGUAUUGUAUAUUUCCACCCUAUAGAAGCUCUCAACAAUGGUGGAGUUGUUGCCUAUCCUACUUCUUCUUAACAAAUAAUGGCCUAAGAGGUAUGCUGUAGCCUUUUCUCGAUCCUAUUUCAUUGAAGUUUUUUAGCUUCAAAUUUUGGAAUAACCAAUUUUUUUGUUGCACUCCUAACCUAUUCUGUACUGUUUUUCGAAUACCAUUUCACAAAUAUUGAAUUAGAGUCGUCGAUGGAUGAUAGAAAAUUCCAUUUUGUAGGUUGAUUUUAUAUUCUUAUGCCCUUGUUCUUUAGAAUAUUGUGAGAGGAAAUACUGGGGUUUAAGGGACCAUAUUUUUGGGUUCAUAAAUUUUGUGGGUGGGAAAAUGUUAUGUUAGAUAUAUUAUAUUUGUGGUUUUAUUCAAUAUUGGGUUGUUAGAAUGCCAAUGCUUUCUAAAUCACCCAAAACUUGGGUUUGGGGAUUUCUCAUUGUCACUGUUCAAUUAGUUUACUUGUCUGAAGGGUUAAAUUCUGAGGGGUUUUGUCUUCUAGAGCUGAAAAAUGGACUUAAUGACAAAAACAAUAAUUUGAGGAACUGGGAUUCUAGUGAUCAAACACCCUGUAAAUGGAUAGGUGUAACUUGUUCCAACAGCAGUUACCAGCCUGUAGUAUUGUCUCUUGAUCUGACAAUGAUGAAUCUUUCGGGAUCAUUGGAACGGAGCAUUGGCUGUUUAACCCACCUCAUUUUUCUUGAUGUUUCUUUUAAUUCCUUGGGUGGGAGUAUACCACAUGAACUAGGGAAUUGCUCGUCGUUACAAUCCCUCUCUCUGAAUAAUAAUCACUUUGAAGGUCCUAUUCCUGCUUCAUUGGGUAGUUUGUCUUCCUUGCAAUACCUCAAUUUGUGCAAUAACCAGAUAUUUGGCCCCAUUCCUGAAGAGUUCGGGAACCUUUCGUCACUGGUUGAGUUUGUGGCGUACACUAAUAAAAUAAGUGGCCCACUGCCUAGGUCACUUGGGAAUCUCAAGCAGUUGCAAAAGUUUCGUGCUGGGCAAACGUCGAUCACUGGAAGCUUGCCUCCUGAGAUCGGCAGUUGUGACAAGUUGGAGUAUCUUGGACUGGCACAAAAUGAGCUUGAAGGGAAUAUACCUAAGGAGAUUGGAUUGCUUACCAAACUGACUGAAUUGAUUCUUUGGGGUAAUCAGUUAUCAGGUACCAUUCCAAAGGAGAUUGCCAACUGUUCCAAUCUUGAGACUUUGGCUUUAUACCAGAACAAUCUUGUUGGAGAAAUCCCUGCAGAAAUUGGGAAUCUCAAGUUUCUUAAAAGAUUAUACCUUUAUAGGAAUCAGCUAAAUGGAACAAUUCCAAGGGAAAUCGGGAAUCUCUCUUUAGUGACAGAAAUCGAUUUUUCUGAGAAUCUUUUGACGGGUAAGAUUCCAGCUGAAUUUGGCAACAUAAAGAAUCUGACACUUCUCCAUCUUUUUCAGAAUCAGCUUACUGGUUCUAUUCCAGUUGAGCUGACUUCCUCAAGGAACUUGACAAAGCUGGAUCUCUCAAUCAAUGGUCUCACGGGUCCUAUUCCUAUUGGCUUUCAGUACUUACCUCAGAUGAUUCAACUACAACUCUUUGACAAUGCCUUAACUGGUAGCAUUCCUCGAGGGCUUGGGAUAUACAGCCCACUCUGGGUUGUGGAUUUUUCCGCUAAUUUGUUGACAGGGAGGAUUCCUCCAUUUCUUUGCCGUCAUUCUAAUUUAAUAUUGUUGAAUCUUGAGUCGAAUAAGUUGUAUGGGAACAUUCCGUCUGGGGUAUUGAACUGCCCGUCCUUGGUGCAGCUUCGUUUGGUUCAGAAUAGCCUGACAGGGAGCUUUCCUUCUGAAAUGUGCAAAUUGAAGAACCUCUCUGCUGUCGAGCUCGGACAGAACAAGUUUAGUGGUCCUAUCCCCCCUGAAGUUGGAAACUGCAAUAGAUUGCAGCGACUCGAUCUUGCAGAUAAUAAUUUUGUCUUGGAGUUGCCGAAAGAGAUUGGUAAGCUGUCUCAGUUAGUAACAUUUAACAUCUCUUCGAAUUAUCUGACAGGUAGAAUUCCGAUUGACAUUAUUAACUGCAAGAUGCUUCAGCGUCUUGACCUCAGUUUUAACAGCUUUGAAGGUGUUCUGCCUGCUGAACUUGGGACUCUUUUGCAGCUGGAACUUCUCAUGCUUUCAGAAAAUAAGUUUUCUGGAAAUAUUCCUGCUGCUCUUGGGAACCUCACCCGCUUGACUGAGCUGCAAAUGGGUGGAAACUCAUUUUCUGGUCCCCUACCUUCUUCUCUGGGAUCACUUUCAAGCUUGCAGAUUGCUCUGAAUAUCAGCAGUAAUAAUCUCUCUGGGACAAUACCGUCAGAGCUUGGAAAUCUUAUUCUUCUGGAAUAUCUUUACCUUAAUAACAACCACUUGACUGGUGGAAUUCCAAGCACAUUUGGGAACCUUUCUAGUUUGUUAGGCUUCAACUUGUCAUAUAAUGAUUUGACGGGGCCAAUACCUUCGAUACCAUUAUUCCAGACCAUGGAUGCUAGCAGCUUUGUUGGAAAUAAAGGUCUUUGUGGUCAGCCUCUUGCUGCUGGUUGUUAUGACACAUCAGGAUUCCAUCCUGUAACACCCCAAAAGAACACCGAGUCUCACCAGGGCAAAAUAAUUACUGUAAUUGCAGCUACUGUUGGUGGUAUUUCACUCAUUCUUAUCAUUGUGAUAUUGUUCUACAUGCGGCGACCUGUUGAAACAGUGGCUUCUGUGGAAGAGAAUGGUGAUGAUUCCUCAGUUUCUGAUAUGUACUUCCCUCCUAAGGAAGGGUUCACUUUCCAAGAUCUCAUCGAGGCAACAAGCAAUUUUCACGAUAGUUAUGUGAUUGGGAGUGGUGCUUGUGGCACGGUUUACAAGGCAGUAAUGCGCACAGGAUUGACAAUCGCUGUUAAGAGACUAGCUUCUAACAGGGAGGGAAACAGCAUUGAGAACAGUUUCCGAGCAGAGAUUUUGACGCUCGGAAAGAUUAGACAUCGGAAUAUUGUGAAGCUAUAUGGGUUUUGCCACAACCAAGGUUCAAAUUUGCUGCUUUACGAGUACAUGUCACGGGGCAGCUUAGGUGAGUUGCUUCAUGGACCUUUAUGUAGCUUAGAUUGGCCUACUCGGUUUUCAAUUGCACUAGGUGCUGCUCAAGGUCUAGCUUAUUUGCACCAUGACUGCAAACCCAGGAUUAUUCACCGUGAUAUCAAAUCCAACAAUAUCCUAUUAGAUGACAAGUUUGAAGCACAUGUUGGUGAUUUUGGCUUGGCGAAGGUUGUUGACAUGCCACAAUCAAAAUCAGUGUCGGCAGUUGCUGGGUCUUAUGGAUAUAUUGCCCCUGAAUACGCAUACACCAUGAAGAUCACGGAAAAGUGUGAUAUCUACAGCUAUGGAGUAGUUCUUCUGGAGUUGUUAACUGGAAGAGCCCCUGUACAGCCCAUAGAUCUGGGAGGUGAUCUUGUUAGCUGGGUCAAAAAUUAUAUCCGAACUAAUUCAUUGACGCCUGGGAUACUUGAUGCUCGACUAACCUUACAAGACAAAUGGAUUGUUGAUCAUAUGAUCACAGUCAUGAAACUUGCUCUACUCUGCACUAACAUGUCCCCAUUCGAUCGACCAUCAAUGAGGGAAGUUGUGUUGAUGCUGAUUGAAUCUAAUCAACAAGAUGUAAGAAAUUCAGACUCUUCAUCGUUUCAUGAUACACCUCUCAUGGAAACUACAGUCUGAGCACAUUACAAAUGCAUCUUGUGGCUCAUUCUUCUCUCAACUUAAUACUGUUAGUAGGAAUAACAAGUCUUCAUGUAUAUUCUAUAUAUAGUAUAUUUUUUUCUUGGCCACUAUUUUGUCAAGUAAAGUAUAAUCAAUAUAGUCAUUGUAUUCUAGAAACAAUAUAGUCUUGAGAUAAGAUUCAAUGGUGAUCUUAUCUUGGUCACCUGAUUAAUAAUAAAAUGCCGAUGUUGCAUUUAUCUUAAA